GUCCGCAAAGCAAUGAAACAAAAAGUGGAAAAUCUGGAAUCUCUGCAAGGGCCGGCCCCCAUCCCCUACAUAAAAGCUAAUCGAGUUUGCCUCUCCUCUUCUUCAUCCAUCUAUAUACUCGCCUGUCUCUUUCAUUCUGCGAUUCGCUUUUUCCAUUUUCGUUUACGUUUCACUUUCACUUUUUACUUCUCUCUUUCUUUGUUGAGAUUGCGGGUUGGGUUGGGUUGGGUUGGGUUGGGUUGGUAGGUAGAAACGCCCAAUCCCUUCCAAAUUCCAAGCAAGGCCUUCAAUCGUCGGAUCUUCCAGUUCUUGUUGUUUGAAUUGGAUGGCGAAUUUGUAUGUCAGGGCGGCGCCGACGACGGAUCUGAAUAAAAACACCGAGUGGUUCACGUAUCCAGGGGUAUGGUCCACCUACAUCCUUAUCCUCUUCUUCUCAUGGCUCGUUUUUCUCUCCGUCUUCGGCUGCUCUCCCGGCACCGCCUGGACAAUCGUCAACCUCUCUCAUUUCAUGAUUACAUAUCACUUCUUUCACUGGAAGAAAGGAACACCUUUUGCAGAUGACCAGGGUAUUUACAAUAGGUUGACUUGGUGGGAACAAAUAGAUAAUGGCAAGCAGCUUACACGCAAUAGAAAGUUUCUGACAGUUGUCCCUGUUGUACUGUAUUUAAUAGCCUCUCACACAACUGAUUAUCAACACCCAAUGCUGUUCCUGAACACAGUGGCGGUUUUUAUAUUGGUUGUUGCCAAGUUUCCUCAUAUGCACAAAGUUCGCAUCUUCGGGAUCAAUGCAGAUCAGUGAGAGAGCUGAGUGUUGGUUCCACUCACUAUAAAGUAUGAAUCCAUUUUGACGUCCUCUCCCGAGUAAAUUGAGAAUGCCCCCCGCCCCUGUACAGAUGAUGCAUGUUUGAACUGGAAAGGGUCUCUAUAUAUUGUGUAAAAACGAAGGGCUCGAUCUCUCUUGUGGGGGAUGUUCGUUCGUUCCUUAUAUGAACUGAACUCAUAUCUUUGUACCAGCCCCAUCUGUUGAAAACUUGAAACUCCCAACAAUUUAAGAAAUUUUAUUUCACAAUUCACACAACACUUACUUGUUUUAAGGGAAAGAUUAUCAUGAA